AUGUAUCCUGCUGGCUUGGUGAGGAUACACACGUACCAACUAGAGCACCCACCCAGCAUUUUGAGUUCGGCGAAACAACAAAGCCACAGCAAGCAGGGCCAGACAGAACAGGCAGCAUUAUUCGGGGGAAUGGAAAUGGCCAAGCGAGGUUGCCAUGGUGGUCUGACUAAGUCGACCCUCCACCUCGCCGAGGCUUCCAAGACUCUUGUCCAAGAAUUUCUUCCAAGACUGCCCACGGAGCGGGAUUGUCGAGCCAAGGCCAUGACUGUGGUUAACUCCAGCAUGUGGAGAAGGAGGCAACACUGCGUGUUCUGGCUAUCCCAAUCAAACCAAUUGAAAGGGGCAGCAUAUUUUCCAAGACCAGAAAACCUGGAGAAUUUGCAGGAAUUAGGCGAGAAGGCCUGGGGAUUUGGGAGCUUGACUAAUAUUAAUAAUGAGCACGUUCUUUGA